AUGAGCGAUCCCAAGCCGGGUGAUGCUCCACGCAAGCCCGGGAAGGACGGAAAGAGCAACACGGCGGCCGACGACUUAAGAUAUGUCUGCUAUGGCAGCGAAAAGGAAUCCCCGUACCUGCCGGCUAUCAAGCAGCUGAUCUCCAAAGAUCUGUCUGAGCCAUACAGCAUCUACGUCUACCGAUACUUCCUCUACCAGUGGGGCGACUUAUGCUUCAUGGUGAGAUAGACUUUCCAUCAUGAUUGCAACAAUACUGAUGCGCCAUAGGCUCUGGACAAGGAAGACAACCUACUAGGGGUGAUCGUCUGCAAACUGGAACCCCACCGUGGCGGACCUGUGCGAGGCUACAUCGCCAUGCUGGCCACACAACAGGAACAUCGCGGAAAAGGCAUUGCAUCAAGGCUAGUGCGCAUGGCUGUUGAAGCCAUGAUCGAAAAAGAUGCAGACGAAAUCGCCCUCGAAACGGAAGUCGACAACGUCCCAUCCUUGCGCAUCUAUGAAAACCUUGGUUUCAUCCGCACCAAAAAGCUACAUCGCUACUACCUUAGUGGCAGUUCAGCGUUCCGGUUGAUUCUUUAUCUAAAACCUGGAGUACCGUACAGACCAACUUAUCCUCCAGAGUAUGGGUCUUGGGAUGGUGACGGCCAGUACGACUAUGGAAUGCCAGGCGAAGCCUCUGGUCAGGGACUCAGGCAAGAAGAUCUCACCGAACGACAGGCAGCGCAAAUGCGGAUCGAAGCCGUUCAUGGCGAGAGACACAAUCCAAUGGGUACUAUAUGA